AUGUCGGCGAUACAAGAGCUUACGUCGUUAGGAGAGAAGAUGGGCUUGGAAGGGCAAGCUCUGCGGACAUUUGUCACAGAAGUGCAGGCAAAGGCCAGAGAAGAACGAGAACUAGAGCGGAGGGAUAGAGCCAGUGAGAUGGAAGAGAAGGAGAAAGAACGACAGCAUCAGAAGGAGCUAUUGUUAGAACAAGCCAGAUUGGAAAAGGAGAGGGAACAGUCUCGGAAGGAGCUAUUGCUAGAACAAGCCAGAUUGGAAAAGGAAAGGGAACAGUCUCGGAAGGAGCUAUUGUUAGAACAAGCUAGAUUGGAACGGGAGAAAGAGGAAAGAAGUCUACAGAGGGCCGUGGAAGAUCGCAGAAUGCAAUUGGAGUUGCAACAACAGACGCCGGGCAGAGCUGCACCGGACCGAGUUGUUUUAAGGGGUCCUAAACUUCCCCCAUUUGAGGACACCAAGGACAAUAUGGACUCGUAUCUCCAACGCUUUGAGCGUUAUGCUACAGCACAGAAAUGCGACCGGGAUAUCUGGGGCGCCAAUCUUAGUGCCUUACUGAAGGGCAAGGCUCUAGAUGUAUUUUCUCGCCUUCCGGUUGAACAGGCGCUGGUAUUCGAUGAAUUGAAGAAGGCACUUCUUAAACGCAUUGAGAAGACGGAGGAAGGAUUCCGGAAAGCAUUCCGUUCAUCCAGACCGGAAAGUGGUGAGUCAUUUGGACAAUUCCCCUUAAGACUAGUCAGCUAUUUUGAGCGAUGGGUUGAAAUGACAAAGACUGACAAGACGUAUGAAGGCGUAAAGGAUUUGAUCACCAGAGAUGAGUUUAUAGACUGCUGUGGGCGUGACUUAGCGUUGUUCUUAAAGGGAAGAAUUCCUGCUUCCAUGGCAGAAAUGGCAAGAUUGGCCGACCAAUACGCGGACGCGCGCGGAUCAAAGAGCAAUUUAAUGACAACCAAAUCAUCCAAGCCUGAACAAGCCAGACAUCAAGCCAGUGCCAACAACGGGACCAACAACGGGACGAACAAGCAUGACUCACCGAGGGCGAAAAGGUGUUAUUCGUGCGGUAACCCGGGACACAUGUCAUUUGAAUGCCGGAAUAAGAAGUCGUCCGGUGUGGCAGCUGUUGUUGGUGAGGCAGACACUCAUGUGUAUAGUACGAAUAGGCAGGCGUCAGCAAGAGGACGGGGUAGAGGAGCUGCGAGAGGUCGAGGCACCAGGGGAGGUAAGCAUGGCAAUAGGGGAGAAGGUGACUCAUCGUCGUGUGUGGUAGGCGAAGGACCUCCAACGCUUAGUGAGAACUGCAACAUAAAGAGGUCUGGAGCCAAGGGCAUGCCGAUAGCUAGAGGAUGUGUUGGUGACCAGUUUGUGACUGUGCUAAGGGACAGUGGUUGUAGUGGCGUGGUUGUGCGGAGGAGCUUUGUGGACCCAGGGAAGAUAUCUAAUCGGCAGCAGGUGUGCUCGUUAGCUGAUGCGACGAGGAUUCAAGUCCCAGUUGCUGAGCUGGACGUAGAUACGCCUUAUUUCCGUGGAACUGUCGAUGCAUGGGUACUCGAGGCGCCACUCUACGAUCUCAUAAUUGGUAAUGUGGAUGGUGCUAGACCCCCGGAUCAACCGGACAGUGAAUGGCGGAGAGAAUAUAACGUUGUACAGGCUGUAGAAACAAGAGCCCAGAAGAAAAGGGAACAGUUAGGAUACAGGCCGUUGAAGGUAAAGGAAGGCUCAGACAUAGGGAACUUGGACGAGAUCAAAGAGGAACAGCAAGUUGACCCGACAUUGUCAAGAUUUAGAGACCUGGCCAAGAAAGGUGACCAUCAGACAAGACCAGAUGGAGGAACGUCAGAGAUAGUAUACCAUAAAGGUCUGCUGUACCGGAAAUUCCAGAGUCCGAAGGUGGCAAAUGUAAAGGAGUUUCGUCAGUUGAUAAUUCCUGGGAAAUUUCGGCAAGCAGUGAUGGAACUGGCGCAUUCAUCUAUAAUGUCAGGACAUUUAGGAGCCAAGCGGACAGCGACGCGUGUGUUGUCUGAGUUCUUCUGGCCAGGUGUACAGGCAGACGUGACUAGGCAUUGCAGGUCCUGUGACAUUUGCCAGCGAACCGUACCAAAGGGAAGAGUCCCCAUGGCGCCGCUUGGGACAAUGCCAUUGAUAGAUACGCCAUUCAAGAGGAUUGCUGUAGACCUGAUUGGACCUAUACAACCAGCGACAGACAGGGGAAACAGGUACAUACUUACUGUAGUGGACUACGCGACACGAUACCCGGAGGCAGUCCCACUACGUGGCAUAGAGGCAGAAAGAGUGGCUGAAGCACUGGUGGACAUCUUUAGUAGAGUGGGCGUUCCUGCUGAGAUGCUAACCGAUCAGGGUGCACAGUUUACGUCAGAGGUGAUGCACGAAGUAAGCCGAUUGCUUUCGAUGAGACAGUUGACGACGACACCCUACCACCCCAUGUGUAAUGGGCUGGUUGAGAGGUUUAACGGAACACUCAAGCAGAUGCUACGAAGGAUGAGCGCGGAAAGGCCUAAAGACUGGGACAAGUUUAUAAAUGCACUGCUGUUCGCCUACCGUGAAGUUCCUCAGGAGAGCUUGGGUUUCUCACCCUUUGAGUUACUGUACGGCAGAUCNCAGACGUGA